GAGAGGAGGAGGUGAGGUGCAGCAAGGAGCCUGUGACACUGGGGUCUAGGGCACAAUGGCCCAAGCCCUGGGGGAAGAGCUGGUGCUGCCCGCAGAACUACAGGAUGAUUCUAGCUCUCUAGGGUCUGACUCAGAGCUGAGUGGGCCUAGUCCAUAUCGCCAGGCCGACCGCUAUGGCUUCAUUGGGGGCAACUCAGCAGAACCGGGGCCUGGUCACCCCCCUGCAGACCUCAUCCGCCAGCGGGAGAUGAAGUGGGUGGAGAUGACCUCACACUGGGAGAAGACCAUGUCUCGACGAUACAAGAAGGUCAAGAUACAGUGCCGAAAGGGCAUCCCCUCAGCCCUGCGGGCCCGGUGUUGGCCCCUGUUAUGUGGGGCCCAGAUGUGCCAGAAGAACAACCCUGGCACCUAUCAGGAGUUGGCAGUGGCCCCUGGAGACCCGCAGUGGAUGGAGACCAUUGGCAGGGACCUGCACCGCCAGUUCCCUCUGCACGAGAUGUUUGUGUCACCCCAGGGACACGGGCAGCAGGGGCUGCUGCAGGUUCUCAAGGCCUACACCCUGUACCGGCCGGAACAGGGCUAUUGCCAGGCUCAGGGCCCUGUAGCUGCUGUACUGCUUAUGCAUCUGCCCCCAGAGGAAGCCUUCUGGUGCUUGGUGCAGAUCUGCGAGGUCUACCUCCCGGGCUACUAUGGGCCCCACAUGGAAGCAGUGCAGCUGGAUGCUGAAGUGUUCAUGGCUCUUCUGCGGCGGCUGCUUCCACGUGUGUACAAGCACCUGCAGCAGGUAGGCGUUGGGCCCCUGCUCUACCUGCCUGAGUGGUUCCUGUGCCUCUUCACCCGCUCGCUGCCCUUCCCCACGGUACUGCGCAUCUGGGAUGCCUUCCUUAGUGAGGGUGCCAAGGUCCUAUUCCGUGUGGGGCUGACAUUGAUGCGCCUGGCACUGGGUACCGUGGAGCAGCGCACAGCAUGCCCAGGGCUCUUGGAGACACUGGGGGCCCUUCGAGCCAUCCCCCCCACCCAGCUGCAGGAAGAGGCCUUCAUGUCCCAGGUACACAGUGUAGCCCUGUCUGAGCGAGAUCUGCAACGGGAAAUCAGGAUCCAGCUGGCCCAGCUGCCCAAGUCAUCAUCUGGGCCAGCACCUCUGCCACAGGCCCGCCUUCCUGGGGCCCAAGCCAUUUUUGAGUCCCAGCAGCUGGCAGGGGUUCGAGGAAGCACCAAACCUGAGAUACCCCGAAUAGUGGUGCAGCCCCCAGAGGAGCCAAGGCCACCACGGCGCAAGCCACAGACCCGUGGCAAGACUUUCCAUGGGCUCCUGACAAGGGCCCGGGGACCCCCUAUUGAGGGUUCCUCCAGGUCCCACCGAGGCUCCGCCUCUUUCCUGGACACUCGCUUCUGAGUGUACAGUGCAUUUCGUGCGGUCAUAUCUCAAUCAUCUGAGCAGCCAUGUCAGCCCCAGAAAUGUGUAUUGCACUUUACUUCUGAGCUGUGUGACUCACUGUUCCCAGCAAGGACCACCAAAAGGAGGGGAGUAUCUCCCCACUUUGAGGACUGUGUCAGGCACAAAGAUAAAGGAAGGUCACUGAGUGUAGCUUGUGGGGAGCUAUCUGGUGCCUGCCAUUUCCAGCAUCAAAGCCAGCACUGAAGGAAUGUGGGGGUGAAGUGUCUGGCUGGGAUAGAGUACCCCCAUUGGCUUCUUGUUGGAGGACUCAAAUAAAGCCUGACUGAGAAGAUACUUGGAUAGAGCUGGAUCAGAUAUUCCUCAACUCUCCA